UGCGAGACCCGAUUCGAUGGCUCGUUUAGUUCAAGGCGUCCAGGAGAGGCAGCCGUUUGACGCGCGGUACGUCGACGCAUGCAGUGCCUGCAAUUACGACGACGCCUCCACGCCCCGGUCUUGGCGUCAGUACUGCGUGUUCGUCGCGGUCGUGACGCUGUCCACGCUGGCGGUGACCUUCGCCGUGCCCCUGAUGUUGCGCCGUUUCGCCAUGGGCUGUGCGUAUCCCGACUGCCAGGACCCGGGCGCAGACAUCGCCCGUUCGCUGAAGGACGUCCGCGUGGACCCGUGCGAGGACUUCUACGGCUACGUGUGCUCAGGGUGGCUGCAGGCGAACCCGGACGCGGGAAACCACUUCGAGAGCCUGCAACGUCGCGUGGCCUUCGCCGCUGUGGUCAGCCUCGUCUUGGAAGAAAGUCGUGGGCCGAGUCCAGCGCAUCGUAUCGCCCUCAUAUUUCAACGCUGUGCUCAAGUGGCCUUCAACGAGCAGGACCACAUAGAGGAACUGCGACAGUUUAUGGCGCGCUUCAACCUGUCGUGGCCAACGUCAAAGCCCAGGACAAAGGAGAAGGUGCUGGACCUUCUGGUCGGUUUCUCCUUGGACUGGGGUAUGCCGAUACUGUUCCAGCUUACGCUGGACGCGCAUUUUAGGCGCCCAGGGUUCCGUGCCCUGCACCUAGGCUCGAGUACGUACGUGACCGAAUGGAUCGCUGUCCGAGACACCUUGCAGGAGCAGGGAACGCUGCUCGCCUACUUCGAAAGGGUCUCCGUCCUCAUCUCUGGCGUCACCGUCGACAGGAGCACAGUCCAAGAUAUUCUUGCGGUGGACAACCGUGUUCUGUCGGCCAUGGUAUCUCCGACGUUCGAAAUCCGAUCGGACACGGAGAUGCGGUACGUGUCGUUAAGCCAGCUUGACCAGUUGACUGGACCCGAACUCACCACAAGUGAGUGGCUCGAGGCGGUAAACGCACACCUGCCCAACGCACUGACCCCGAACAACGAGAUGUACGUCAUGAACUGGCAGCUUCUCAUGCUCCUGGGCCAGCUCAUGGGCCAGGCAAGCCGGGACGUGGUGCCGCUGGUCACGUACAUCACGUGGCACGUCAUACGCGCCGUGGGGCCCAUGACGUCACAUCCGCUUGUUCGGGCGCAGUUCGGCGGCAGCCGCAUGGCAGCCACCAUCUACAUGCUGGGCCGUUGCUACACGGACGCCGACGCGACGCUGCCGUACGCCUUCGCGCACGUCUUCUCUCGCCGCUGGCUGCCGCACGACGCCGUGAGCGACGUCGCCACCAUGGAAGGUCGCAUCCGUCGCGAGGCCAACGCCAGUAUGAACGCGCUCUCCUGGAUGGACGAGAAGACGAAAGCCGUAGCGUUCGAAAAGCUUUCUACGCUUCGCGCCAUUGUGGGUCGGCCGGAAGGUCUCGCCUCUGACCAGGCGCUCCAGCAGCUGUACCCGUACCUGAAUUCGACGGGCAGCGCACGCUCGUACCUGACUCUAAUGAACUCCGUCAGGAAGGCGCAACUGCAACACGCCAAGCGCUUUCUGCGCGCCAAAGAGAGCGCUAACGGGUCGUUGGACAGCGAUGACGUCAGCGUGCCGUUGACCGUGGUCAACGCCUUUUACUUGCCCGUCUACCACGUCAUGGUCAUACCGGCGGCCAUCUUGCAUCCGCCCUUUUACGUGGCUGCCUACCCGCUCUCCUACAACCUUGGUAGCCUGGGUCACGUGCUCGGCCACGAGAUGACGCACGCCUUCGAUCCGGACAUGGGACUCUACGAUCGCAGCGGCCAGCGCAAGGACUGGUGGACCUCAGGGUCGCGGGUGGAGUUCGAGAACCGCCUGGACUGCCUGCGACGGACGUACAAUACUAUUUCCUGGGCGGAAGGUAUCGCGCACGGUGACUACGCGCUCUCCGAAAACUUCGCCGACUCUGGUGGUCUGCUCAAGGCGUACCGAGCCUUCCGGGCGGUGAAAGUCGGCUCCCGACAGGCGGCGCCAGCGAGUCUUGCGGGCUUCACGGAAGAGCAGCUGUUCUUUCUGAGCAGCUGCUUCAAGUGGUGCUCGACGGAAGACAAGCAAAGCGCCGGAUCGUACUCGCCUCCCAGGCUGCGCUGCAAUGUGCCGCUCAUGAAUAUGCCGGAGUUUGCCCAGGCGUUCCACUGUGGCCCAGGAAAGACCAUGAACCCAAAGACGCGGUGCGACUUCAUGUGAAGAGAUUUGUCGUUCAUAAAUAUGGCCAGUGGGCACAAAAAAUUGUUACGCAUGAAUCAAAUAGUAUAAAAUGCUUCGCUUAGGCGAGGUUGUAAACACGCUAAGUGCGGUCAUUUACGUUCGACAAACCUAACCUCAGGCUUGAGAAUAAAGUAUCAACUGUCAAUAAUACGUUUCACUUUGAGAAAUUCUCUGGCAGGCGCCUAAGGAGAAUGUCAGUGGCGUUCAAGAAGCCGUCGAGUGUGUUGA